AUGAGAGCCGAUCCAGCAUACAUCUCAAUAGGCUCCAACCGGUCGUCCUCCUGCUCAGCCAGCACCUCCAACGGCUUACUGGCUUUCGGUGCCGGUAAACUAUUAGCUCUAUGGGAUACUGAGAGUACCUCGAAUCAUGGCGUACAGGAGACAUUACCAGGACAUAAAGGUCAAAUCACCACUGUCAAAUUGAUCACUUCUCCAUCAGGAGAGAAUAAAUUUAUAUCGGGAGAUACAAAUGGAGAAAUUCGAAUAUGGUCUACAACAGAUGAAAACGAAUGGAAAUGUGAGAAGAAUUGGAUCGCUCAUGAGAAUUCAUCAAUAUCGGCUAUAGGAGUAUCACCAGAUGCAUGGAUCAUGACGGGAGGAUCAGAUAGUAAGAUCAAGAUCUUUGAUGGGGAGUAUAGCGAGAAACAGGUUAUAAAGUUGGAGAAAGGUAGAUUACCUUUGGAUUUGGAGUUGAGCUAUUUACCUGGAUCGAAGGCCCCAAUACUAGCAGUCGGAGCCACCGAUCGUCUAAUCAGGAUAUACACCCUCUCACCAAACAACGAUUUCAUCCUAUCACUCACAUUGGAAGGACACGAAGAUUGGGUUAGAUGUCUAUCUUUCACUCCUUACCCCUCCCUAGACCAGACUAAGGAAGAUUUGUUUUUGGCUAGUGGAUCUCAAGAUAAUUUUAUUAGGCUAUGGAGGGUUUCGACUAUACCUGAACAACAAGCCAUACAAGAAGAGGAGAAGGAAAGUGGGAAAGGAGAAGAAGAAGGAUUAGAUUUGUUGGAUGAAUUCGAAAGGAGAUUGAAUGGCGAAGGAAGUGGUCAGAUUAGCACGAAAGCUCACAUACUGGCUGUACAGGAUGGUAGUAGAUCACUUCGAUACAAUAUAACCCUCGAAGCUCUACUCGUAGGCCACGAAUCCGGUCUGACCACCGUCCAUUGGUCCCCUCCUUCCUCCCACUCAUCACCCUUACUCUUAUCUACAGCGUCGGACAACUCGUUGAUCAUCUGGGUACCUUCCACAGAUGGGAUCUGGGUGCCUGAACAUCGAUUCGGGGCGAUAGGAGGAAGGGGUCUAUCAUUCUACGGUGCCAUAUGGGGUAAAGAUGGGAAGAGCGUACUGGCAAGUGGAUGGAAUGGAGGCUGGGAAAGAUGGGUAAAAACUGCUUCAUCCGAGGACGAAGAGGGAGGAUGGGAAGUGAAGAGUGGGAUCAAUGGACAUCAUGGGGAUGUACAAAGUUUGAGCUGGGAUCCAAGAGAGGAAUAUCUGAUUUCUGUCGGAUCCGACCAAACAUCCCGUAUACACGCAUCCACAUCCAUCGCCUCCUCUUCUCAAUCCCAAUGGGCAGAAAUUGCUCGACCUCAGAUACACGGCUACGACAUGACGGACAUUGCAUUUAUCUCACCUUUGAGAUUCAUAAGUAGUGCAGAUGAGAAGGUAGCUAGGGUAUUUGAUGCGCCAGAAGGGUUCGUAGAAUCUCUUAGGACGCUAGGAGUCUCGGAGGGAAGCAAGGAUCAAGAAGGGCUGAGACCGAAGGGCGCGACUGUACCUCCCUUGGGUUUGUCCAACAGGGCUUUACAGAAAGCUCCCGCUCAAACCGAUAAGAUCGAGAAAGAAGGAAUGAACGAAGCUAUAAUAUCGAUCUCUCACACUUUGACUUCUCUACCUACGGAAGAAGAACUGGCAACUUCAACUUUAUGGCCAGAAAUUGAGAAAAUAUAUGGCCACGGAUAUGAAUUAGUAUGCGUUGCUGCCUCUUCUUCCUCUACCCCCAGUGGAUCAGAAUUGAUAGCGACAUCAUCUAAAUCAACCAACCUUGAACAUUCCGGUAUACGUAUAUACCAGACAUCAAAUUGGGAAUCAUACGGACAAGUCCUUAAGGGUCACUCUUUAACUGUUACUCGGAUCCAAUUUUCAAAUGAUAAUUCGUUGAUACUGAGCUGUUCAAGAGAUAGAUCCUGGAGAUUGUUUAGACAUGAUGGCGAGAAGAAGACAUAUGAACCAUUUGUAGAGCAGGAGAAAGCUCACGCGAGGAUGAUAUUGGAUUGUUGUUUUGUCAAAGGACAGAAUGACAACACGGUAUUUGCCACUGCAUCUAGGGAUAAGACUGUGAAAAUAUGGAUUUCGACGAAAGAAGAUAAAUCCGAAUGGAGAUGUACAGAAACUAUUAAAUUCACUGAAGCGACUACUUCUGUGGAUAUGAUUAUUCAACCUAAUACAAAUGGAUAUCUGUUGGCUGUUGGUACGGAGACUGGAUCUGUAUCGAUUCACGCCUUAGAACAAGUCGAGAACGAGAUCAGGUCAAAGGAAUUGAUCGUUUUCGACGAGAGCAUAUCUCAUGUCGGACCUGUCAACAAAUUAGCAUGGAGGAACAAAGAUGGGAAACUGCAAUUGGCAAGUUGUAGUGAUGACAGGAGUGUGAGGGUGUUUGAUAUUGCUUUAUAA